GUUAGUUCGUGUUCACGCUUGUAAACAGUAAGCUAGCAAAAGUUUAGCUGCAGUUUAAGGCUAAUUAACUCCGUAAUUCCUACGCAAGUCACCAGGUUUAAAGACAUAUAUCACAGCAGAUAUUUCUGUCAUCCAGGCAGAACUCCUGAUCCCUGUUUUUCGUGGCUGCUCCCGGUGCCUGGAACACCAUGCAGCAAGAACCUGAGACCAGCUCGGGUCAGGAAGGGGUCGUGGACCUCGAAGAGCCCAAGAAAAUGACCCGAGAAGACUGGAGAAAGAAAAAGGAGCUGGAGGAACAAAGGAAGCUCGGAAAUGCUCCUGCUGAGGUUGACGAGGAGGGAAAGGAUAUCAACCCUCACAUACCGCAGUACAUCUCCUCCGUACCGUGGUACAUUGAUCCCUCGAAGAGACCCACCCUCAAGCACCAGAGACCACAGGAUGAGCAAAAGGAAUUGUUCUCGGCUAUAGGCGAUUGGUAUAAGAAAGGCGUGCAGGAGAAACAAAUCAGUACAAAAUACAGGAAGGGGGCGUGUGAGAAUUGUGGCGCUUUGACACACAAGAAGAAGGACUGUCUGGAGCGUCCCAGAAAAGUUGGAGCGAAGUUCUCGGGUACAGGCUUUGCUCCAGAUGAACAUGACCAGGUUCAGCUCAGUCUGGAUUACGAUGGGAAACGAGACCGCUGGAAUGGCUACGACCCCGAGGAACACAUGCGCAUCGUGGAGGAGUACUCCAAAGUUGAUUUGGCCAAGCGCACUUUAAAGGCCCAGAGGUUACAGGAGGAGCUGGCCACCGGGAAACUGGAUCACGGGGAGCGAGAACACAACAGCGAAGACGAAGACGAGGACAAAUACGCAGACGAUAUCGACAUGCCCGGGCAGAACUUCGACUCUAAGAGGCGAAUCACAGUGAGGAACCUGAGGAUCAGAGAAGACACAGCGAAGUACCUGAGGAACCUGGACCCAAACUCGGCUUACUACGACCCGAAGACCCGCGCCAUGAGGGAAAACCCGUACUCCAACACCGGCAAGAAUCCCGAAGAAGUGGGGUACGCCGGAGACAACUUUGCACGUUACAGUGGAGAUACAAUCAGCAUGGCACAGACGCAGCUCUUCGCAUGGGAGGCUUACGAGAAGGGGACAGAGGUCCACCUGCAGGCUGACCCCACCAAGCUGGAGCUGCUCCAUCAGUCCUUUAAGGUCAAGAAGGAAGACUUCAAAGAUCAACAGAAGGAAAGCAUCCUAGAAAAGUACGGAGGUCAGGAGCAUUUAGACGCUCCUCCGCGGGAGCUGCUGCUUGCCCAGACUGAGGACUACGUAGAGUACUCUCGACACGGCGCCGUCAUCAAAGGCCAGGAGAAAGCCAUCGCCCGCUCCAAAUACGAAGAGGACGUCCUGAUUAACAACCACACCUGUAUCUGGGGAUCAUUUUGGAAAGAUGGAUACUGGGGUUACAAGUGCUGCCACUCGAUGGUCAAGCAGAGCUACUGCACCGGAGACGCCGGCAAGAAAACAGUAAACACAUCCGGCAUCCAGUUUGAUGAAGAGGCAGAGGAUGAACACGAGGAGGCGCCAAAGACGCUUCUAGAGCUGCACCAAGAAAAGAUGAAGGAAAAGAAAAAGAAGAAGAAGCAUAAGAAAAAGAAUGAAGACAGCAGUGAUGAGGAAGACGAAGCCAAAAAGAGGGAAAAGCUAAAAAAGGCACUGGGCGCAGAGGAGCAGCGGCUGAAGCAGGUGGCUGAGAUGAUGCAGAUUGACGAGAGGAAGAGGCCGUACAACAGUCUCAAGGAGGUGCGCGAACCCACCGAGGAGGAGAUGGAGGCCUUCCAGAUGAAACGCCCUCGUCCCGACGACCCCAUGGCCUCUUUCCUCAAUCAGUGAUUCAGAAUUAUUAUUAUUGUUGUUAUUAUUAUUAUUUUACAUAUCAACACGGGAAUUGUGAUAGAAUGUGAACAGGAUGUUCCGCUGUAAAUAUAGCAUGUACUCCACAAACAUGUUAACUCAGUGUCUUGAUGUUCAAUAUAAAGAUCGAACCUAAAGUUUGUGUGUAAUCUCAUAUUAUAAUAUUCAAACACAGUAACAUCUGUCAAGAAUUCUGUGAGGAAUAAAACACACCAGCUGUGCUGUCAAAUAUAAAUAUGAAAAUAAUCAACGAUUGAUUUAUGUGAUGCAGCCUGAUCCAAUGUGUUGUUACUCCACCACCCUGAUGUUGAUUAUUUUCCUUUUAUUCUUCAGCAAUUUUCUGCUGAUUACCCUAUUUCCAUUAAAAAUAGACAACUUUUUCUGUGUAAUAUAACUUUUUGUCAUCACUUAUGUUGCAGCUGCAGAUGUUUUUUUUUUUGUUGUUGUUUUUAUUAGCUCUGUUGACAAUAAUAAUAAUAAUGUAAAAAAAAACUUGUUCUUGUUCACAAGAAACCUGGAAACACACCCGCAUCCGAGACCACACAUAAUAAAUACACGCCUUCUUCCAAGGCAUUAGAACAAGCACAUGAAUACAAAGUUGUGUUUUGAAUUACAACCAGGCAACAUGGUGGCGUAAUGGUUGGCACUAGUGCGUCGCAAAUUCCGGAAUCGAGACUUUGAUUCUCGACUUUGGUCUGUGGUCAUGUUCCCUCAAGCUUGGUGGGGUUCCUUCAGGUACUUCAGUUUCCUCCCACCGUCCAAAGACUAAUUGGCGUUCUCAAAUUGCUUGUAAUGCUUGUGUGUCCUGCAAUGGAUUGGGACACAUUGGGAUUGGGAUAAUGUGUGUGUGUCUCAUCCGGGGUGUGUCCCAAGUCUCCUGGGAUAGGCUCCAUGCCCCAUCUUCCCAUCAGUGGUAUAGAAGAUAUAUGAAUUACCACCAGAGCUGCUGCUGAUUUUUUAAAUCAAUCCACCCUUCCGGACCAAUCAGAAUUAAGAAUAAAAUUGUGCAUUUGUAUAAAAAAAUGUAUUUGCUGUAUGACUUUG